CCGUAUUACCCCCCGUGAUCCAUUAUUUGUUAACAAUCGAGAUUAAAAUUGAAAGAAUUUAUCUUUAUAAAACGACUUUAUUAUUUUUGUAUAAAAUGAAAGACUAAAGCAGAAAAGGAUUGCGUAAAGAGGUCUGUAAAAAGUGGAUUUCCAUAUUGGGCAUUUGAUACACAGCAUUAUUCAAGAUGAGUGACGAAGAAAUGAGAAGAGAGAUUAUGAAUAUGCGAGAGCGUGGGGAUCAGAUCACUGAUGAGUCCCUAGAAUCCACUCGUCGUAUAUUGAAUACAGCUGAAGAGACUCAAGAUGUUGGCAUUCGUACUCUUGUCAUGCUUGACGAGCAGGGUGAGCAACUUGAUCGAAUUGAAGACACGUUAGAUGUGAUUAAUGUCGACAUGCAAGAGGCAGAGAAAAAUCUCACAAACUUAGAAAAAUGUUGUGGCCUUUGUGUGUGCCCAGGCAGGAGGGCACAGAAGUUUGAGAAGACUGAUCAGUACAAAAAAGCAUAUGGUGGAAAGGAAAAAGUAGUGACAAGUCAGCCAGGUGGAUCCAAAGGCAAUGGCAGGCAACAAAAUCCUUCUGGCGGUUAUGUGCAAAGAAUCACAAACGAUGCAAGAGAGGAUGAAAUGGAUGGAAAUUUAGCUCAGGUCAGCGAUAUCGUUGGAAAUUUAAAAUCAAUGGCGGUCGAUAUGGGAAAAGAAAUUGACGCACAAAAUCGACAGAUUGAUCGUAUAAACGACAAGGCUGAAUCCAAUGAUGUUCGUAUUGGCGCCGCGAAUACCAGGGCUAGACAGAUUUUACAAAACUCAUGAACGUAUUGCACAUACGAUGGUUUUUCUACGCAUGCGUUCAACUUUAUUUGUUACAGCGGAGCAUGCGCCUUGAAUAAUUUAUUAAUUCAUCCUAUAGUUCAAAAAACAAUUUUGAUUGCGACGAAUUUUUCUAGUAUUGUGUACUUGCGAUUAUGAAAAUUUAUUGAUUUUUAUUCAGAAAAUAUCAAAAUUUUCGAAAUUGUCAA